AGAAAGUCCUAUCUAUUUACAUAGCCGAUUCAACACACAUGCGUCGGUUUAGCGCGCGACUGUCACUGUUUAGCCCUUAGCCCUUAGGUCACACCGACAUUUUGUUCCCAAAUAUAUUGAGCCUGCCCAAACCACAUAGGCAGGGCGAUAGUUUAUAGGAAACCCACCAUUACUUUGGAGCUCUGCAUUCACAGCCUGCUUCUGAGAAUAUUAAGGUGCGACUGGCUGUUGUUUGGGAGCGCUACUUACAGUGGUGCUACUUUAGCCAGCUUCGCCGCCAGAGGGCGAUGCACUCAAUAGGUUAUAUAUUACUUCACAGCUAGGGCACCUUUAGUAUUAUAGACUCAGGGGUUUAGUUCUUCUUUGAAUACGCUGUAUCACAAAUAUUGCAAGGACAGCCUACACACCUUUCUAUCAGGCAAUUCACGCGGCCAUGAGGAUAUUGAUCCUCCUUGGCCUAUGUGGCCUUUGGCUGGGUUCAACAGGCGGCAGUGCCUUUCCCGGAAUUCAGAGCAACUCUGGUCUCGAGUUCAUGCCGCGGUUUACGCGAGUGCUAAAGCAAGACCUGACGAGUGUGGCGACAUACUUGUUGCCGACGCAGCAGCCUCAGCUGUGCGCAGGCAACUGCUGCCAGGCUGACUCGUAUGCAUCACCAUACGGGUUAUUGUAUCAGAAUCACAGUCAGCAGGUGUUUGGUGGGCGGACAUACACAACCUUCUUUUACCAAUUCCACGCGCACCAUGCUUGCGACAGCACGCUGGAUAGGCAGCAGUGCUGCACGGCUACCGCCGACAACGUCUGGAUUGAUGUUGAUCCCACGUUGAAGGUCAAGUACGUCUCGAUGAAUGGCCAGCGGCUGGCAAACUCGGAACAGAAUGAGUAUGGCCUGAAGCUUGGCGCCUUGAACCUGAACGUCGCACAGGCAGUAAGCGGCAUUCCUAUCACCAUCACCGUGGAGGGUGCUGCCGAUGCUCUCUGCCCACCGCCCGGUCUAGCACCCAUCCCUGGUCUGUGCGAGUUGGUGGUCCAAGGGACAUCAGCGUCAAACCCGAACGCCUGCUGCCCCUCUACAAUUACGGAGAAUUCUGACACAGCCUUCCCAGCCCCAGACCACGCCUUCCAGUGCUCAGCUAGCCUUGAUAACAGCCCAUUCCAACUGGUGUUCGAUGGCGUGUCCGCGCCGCUGGUUGUUGCUGGUCAGCAGUACGUGUCGUACAACUUCCGCCUCGCCGCUACAGACUCGUGCACUGCUGACAGCGUCACUGACUGCUGCAACGCGCAGCUAGCCUACAUCGACCUCAAGGUCACUGACCUGCCGAUCACGGCGGUUCAACUUGACGGCAAGAGCGUCACCUUCACCACUUCCACCUGGAAUGAGCCCAACAGCGCAUCGUACCGUUCGUUGGUAGUGGACAACCUCAACCUCGUUGCUGACGACUUGGGCAACGCCGGCCUGCCCCUGACGGUCACUGUGCGUCUGCCAACUGGUAGCUCCGGCAACGUGGAUCUCUGCGACGCUUCGUCCGACCCCACCCAGGGCGCGUGCAACUACUACCUGCACUCUGAGGACGGCUUCUGCUGCCCGUCAGGCCUGGCGCUGCCGGCCUCGUCGGUCCCUCCGCCUCCCGCCGGCACCUGCGCCCCUGCCACCAACGUGCCUGCCUCGGAGGCCUCCAUGUCCCUGCAGUACUACGAGAGGAUGUCCUCUUCUGCGACGACUACCUUUGCCUUCCUGCUCGCCAACCACAACCCAAGCAGCGGCUGCGACAAGCCGUACUGUGCGGAUGUCUGCUCGUGGACGCUAUAUUUGGACCCCUCGGUUGCAUCCCAGGUGGCUGUGGGCCAUGAGAACCCCGCCAACAAUGGCCGCCAGAUCAUUCAGGGCGGCGCUACAGCCAGCCUAACCUUCACGUAUGGACCUGCUGGCGAGUCGACCACCAACUUCUACGUCACGCUCCCCGCCGGCGGCAAGGGGCUGUCCGACCUUUGCGCACGCAACGCACUGCCCGGUCAGGGCUCCAAGGCUUGCGCAGCUGUCGUGCGCAGCAGCAGUGUCUACAUCAUGGUCUUCUUUGACGAGUCGGAUGUUAUCAUUGUUGCUGGUAGCAGCCCGCCGCCUGCCCUGCCCACUUGCGCGGACCCGAGGCCUUUGUCUGAUUCGUGCCUCACCGUCCAGCCUGCGCGGUACAACACUCUGCAGUCGUCGUCCGUCUUCGAGUUCGCGGUUUCCCCAGCCUCUAGCAGCGCUGCCUGCGUGCCACCCUCGCCGCCUGGCAACUCGGCGACGGUGCAUCUGCUGCUCGCGCCCGCAAUCGUUGACCAGCUCACGACUCGCGGUAACAUCCUGCCUGCCACUGGUCUCACGCUGGAUCGCACCGAUGGCGUACGCUGGACUGUCUCGUCUACUUCUGCGGCGAACAUGACGUUCCAGGUGCAGGGUCCUUUGAGCAUUGCUGAGGUGUGCCGGCAGGGCGUUACCAGCGACCAGCCUAGCAAGACUUGCGUGGUUGAGGUCAUCGGCGACAAUGGCUGCUUCCGCGGUUAUGUUGGCGCCGUCGCUGACGGUCUCCUGGUCUGGGUCAGCCCCAGCAGCUCCGGCAGCAAGGGGGUCAGCGUGGGCGUCGUGGUCCCAGCUGUUGUGGUUCCAUCGGUGGUGCUGUUGCUGGCUAUCGUGCUG